UUUGUGUUGUGUGUGUUAUUUUGUCAGAAAUAGUCGAGUAUUGAAUAUUUCGUGUCUUGAAAAUUACCAGUGUUUCUGUGUAUGAUGAGCUCUAAGUAUGGUUGUGUUUUGCUGUCUUAAGGUUAUUAUUAUGGUAUAAUUUUUACUUUUGUUGUUUAUGGAGAUUUUGGUUGGGUUUUUUCUUAUUAUUCUUGCUUUCAGUCUUGGAAGUCUCUAUGCAACAUCCCAGUAUUUUUGGAUCAUACAGUUUGCAUAGCUCCCAGUUUUUUCAUAUUGGAUGUACUUCAGCUUUUUCAUUUAGUACCUAAAAUCUGCUGUGUAUAGAUGACAUUUACAGGUGUUUUUCUCAUUGGGAAAUGAGAGGAUUCUGACCUGUUUUGCUGGCUCAGGCCACAGGCAUGUUGAGGUCAACUGUAGUGUUUGUGUAAAUGUUUUACUAGCUUGAUCUCAAGUUAACUUUCAACUUCUUGAAAUUCAUGCUGUGUAGUUAUAUAAGCAUGUUUCCCUGCUUGUAUUGAGUAAUGAUAAACUCAAAUUUGUAUAAAACAACUUGAUUGGUAUUUGAUGUGCCUUCAUGACCCUAUGACUUGCCUGAUCCAUAGUCUGCUCCUGUUAGCCCACAGCGAAGGUGAAGAAGUGCAGGCACACUGUCUCUUGCCGUGGUGCUUUGAAGGUGGUUUUCAUUAGGAAUCCCUGGAGUGGAAUAGCUGCUGCUUCCAUCCUGCUUCAGGACCUUCUGCAGCCCUGUGGUUGACACAUGCUUGACAGCCUCCAGAGGUCCUGGCAAGAUGGCAUCUUCCAGACUUCCCAUCUUUAUAGCAUUGGCAUUUUCCUCUUUGCCCUUUGUUCUUUCACAUUCAAACAGGGAAAUGUGGUUUCAGGAUUUCUUUCCACCUAAUAUGUGUCCUAUAAAUGCCAAAGCAAACACAUUUUAUGGCAUCAUGUUUGACGCAGGAAGCACUGGAACCCGCAUUCAUAUUUAUACUUUUGUGCAGAAGAGCCCAGAAAACCUUCCAGAGGUGGAAGGGGAAAUCUUUGAGUCUGUGAAGCCAGGUCUGUCUGCAUAUGCUGAUCAGCCUGAAAAGGGUGCUGAAACUGUCAAAGCGUUACUGGACAUGGCUGUAGAUGCUGUGCCACCUCAUCUCUGGAAAAAGACCCCAGUAGUGUUAAAAGCCACGGCUGGACUUCGCUUGCUGUCAGAGGAGAAAGCUCAGGCUCUGCUUUCAGAGGUGAAAGAAGUCUUUGAAGAAUCACCAUUCCUUGUUCCAGAGGACAGUGUUGGUAUCAUGGACGGAUCUCAUGAAGGAAUUUUAGCCUGGAUCACUGUGAACUUUUUGACAGGGCAGCUGUCUGGCCAGAACCAGCAAACUGUUGGGAUUCUGGACUUGGGAGGAGCCUCAACCCAAAUCACAUUCCUGCCACGGUUUGAGGAAACUCUGAAGGAAACCCCUGAGGAUUUUCUUACCUCAUUUGAAAUGUUUAAUAGCACAUACAAGCUCUAUACCCACAGCUAUUUGGGGUUUGGACUAAAAGCUGCAAGACUGGCAACGCUUGGAGCUUUGAAUAUGGAAGUUGUGGAUGGGCAAAUGUUCCGCAGUUCUUGUUUGCCUAAGCAGUUGGAAGCAGAGUGGCACUUUGGGGGAGUCAAAUAUCAGUAUGGUGGCAACAAAGAAGGAGAAACAGGAUUCAAGCCUUGCUACUUGGAAGUACUCAAGGUUGUCAAAGGGAAACUUCACCAACCAGAUGAGAUUCGUAGAAGUUCCUUCUAUGCUUUCUCCUAUUACUAUGAUCGAGCGGCUGACACCAACCUAAUCGAUUAUGAACGCGGAGGUGUUUUGGAAGUGAGAAAUUUUGAGAGAAAAGCCAAAGAAGUCUGUGAUAACAUGGAGAGGUACAGCUCAGCCAGUCCUUUCCUCUGCAUGGAUCUCACUUACAUCACUGCUUUAUUAAAGGAAGGUUUUGGAUUUAGGGACAACACAGUCUUAAAGUUGACAAAGAAAGUAAACAACAUAGAGACAAGCUGGACUUUGGGUGCUACCUUUUACCUGCUGCAGUCUCUGGGGAUGACUUACUGACCUGUGAUACUGCUAUGGACUUUAGCAUUUCUGAAAAUGCUGAGAAAGUAAAUUGCACUCUCCAGGUACGUUGUUCAGCUGGGACUGGUCACAGAGCAGAACAUGGACCAAAGACACAUGACAGCUCUUUAUGCUGGAUUGGCAUUGUGCCUAAUGAGAGUAUGAUUUAUAACUGUGAUUGCCAUAAAUGAUCCAGAAUCUGCCUUAAGAAAGUCAAAAGGUCUAAACUCCAGUGGAGAAUAUGCAAGGGGCUCAAAAACCAGCUUUCACCAGCAAGUUUGUUAGAAGCACAGAGUUCCUGGAUGUGGUGGCAGACUACAGACACGUGACUUUCCCUACCCCCUUCUAUUUUAAACAUACAUAACUUAAGUUUGCUUGUGAGAUGUUAAAUACAGAAAUUAGAAAUAGCAUCAACAGUGAUGCAGAGAAUAGUGAACAGCUCUGGAUGCUGCCAACCUCAGUGUUCCAAGAAUCCAGCUGCUAGCUUAGCAAAUACAUGGCAAGAAUAUUCCAGUCUUUCAAGAAGGGCCUGCUGUAAGUCCACUUUGGGCAUGGUUUUGGGAAAGGUGUUGGCUAAAACAUAGCAAUUUACCAAUUACUGUUUUUAGGCAGUAGGCACUUCCUAAGCAGAAUGUGCGCCUGUGUUUCAGUUUUGCUGCCCUUUACAAGUCUGUGCAGCUACACCAUACAUCCAACUACCAGACUUGAUAAAUUUAUUCAUUUGGCAUGUAGUCAUAACACAUAGUUGUGCUGGCACAACGAGGCAGCAGUGCCAGCUAUUGAAACUCAACUGCCAGAAGAAGAGCUUGUCACAUUCCACCCACAAGGAGAUUGCAGUCAGAUGAAAUGGCUGCUCUGACAGCUCACUUAGCUGUGAGAGCCAGUUCUGUUUCUCUGCUCUCAGCAAGGCAUACCCACAGCCUUCUUCCCUCUGCUGCUGGUGCUCCUGGGAUUCUUGUGUGAACUGAUUCAGGACACCUGACCUGAGGUGGUGCUCACCCAAGAGUCAAGUCUAGUGUUAUCCCAAGGACAGCAGUCCCUUUUGCUGGAGUGAGCUCUAAGAUGUGGUCUCAUCCCCAUCCAUUGCCCUAAGUAAAAACAGCUGUAGAGACUUUUUCCACCCCAUUAAAUAAUUGGCAGCUUGCUACUGUCUUCACUUCUUCAAGGAAUGUGUGAGGUAAGGGUGAGUUUACCCCAUCACAAUGAAGAGGUAUUACUCAUGUGACUAAGGGAAACUUAUCUACUGAUGUCUUGUCAUGAACAUUUCCCUGUUGGGCAGUUGCAGUUACCCAACUGUCCCAGUUGCAAUUGCUCUAAAACAACUUUCCCACUUCUGUCAAACCAAAGACUGCCUUUAUGCUGCCUUCUCUGCAAACUGGAUUUGAAAAUAAUUGGUAAUUCCCAGCAAGGGAAUGAAGUAGUACACUCAUGUCUUCAAUGGUCUUGCCAAACAGUUUGGAGACUUAAAGAUUUGCCUUACUGUGAACAUUAGUCCUUUUCCUCUAGUUAGCAGUGCAAGUUUGCCUAUGGUUGAUUAAGCCACCGCUUCUCAUAUCUCAGGUUUUACAGCACGAAGGGUGCAAGGCGUGCUUUUGAUUGAACAAGUUCAAUCAGCAACAAGAAGCCAAGGGUUAGGGAUGCAGCCCUCCAUACUUAUCUCAUCACUGACACUUUGUCAUAAAUUCAGGCUGCUUUUCUGAAACAGAAAAUGCUCCUCCUACACGUGUAAUCCUUACCAGAAUCUGUUUGAGAUCCACAUUGAGAAAUUCACACCAAAGUUCUGUUCCUUCCUCUCUAGAAGUUUGUUUGAACAUGAAGAAAGUAAUCGUGGCCUCUUCUCAAUGAUAAACAUUUCUUAUUCCUCUUCCUACUGUUGGCAAAACUUUGAUAUAUGGUUUGGUCUACAGAACAAGGUGACUGCAAAUGUAUUCAUUUUGUCUUCAGUGAACACUUCUGUAUUCUCAAAAAACAAAAGUAGGAUGCAGUGGUUAACUGGCCAGGCUGCAUUAUCCUGAGAACAAGCUAAUUUAAUCAUCUAGAAAUCCUCUUUCAGCUGGCAGCAGUGAGGCUGGGUUUUGAAGGUGGGAUGCGCCUAAGGGAGAAGCAGUAGCAUUAUCUGCCCCCUGAACAGACACAAGCCCUGAGGAGGGCUCAGGGGUUGGGUUUUGUCUGAAGCAAGGAGGGGCUAGAAGAAGGGUACCAUGCAGAGGAAGUUGUUUUUUCUGCAUUCUUCUCCUCAGACUCUGGUACUACAAAUGCUAGGGGGGCGCAUCUGCUUCUCAGUACCAAAGUUGCAUUUAAUCUGAAUGCUCAGGGCCUUCAUUUGUCAGUGGCACAAUUCAUUAACUGAAGCAGAACUUCUGCUCUCUGUUACUGGCAUGAUCCUUCAGUUAUGGGAGAAACAAGAACUCUGUUAAAAGGCUUAUUUUUGCAAGAAACUGCGGAAUUGAGCCCCUGCUGUUUACAUCUGAACCCAAGAGGGUGAGGGAAUCUGGCCAACCCAGUCAAGUCCUCACACUUACCCUAGUGCAAUGAGAUUAUUUAUUAGCUAAAUUAAAGAAUAAGCAGCCUUUUAAGAGAACAGCUCUACUUGCAGCCCUGAUUUUUAUCUCCUCCUUUGUAAUGUCCUUGAGCCAGCCACUAACAAGAACUGUCUAAUAUGAGUGACUGCAGAAGCACAAGUAAUGGCUUUCACUUCAAAACUUACAUUUCAUUCUUUCUGAUACUGGUCACCCAUAUGUAUAAAUCUUUCCCAUGGGCAGUGCUUAGUUUAAUUUUGAGUGGCAAAUGUCUAAUGCAAAAGGCUGGUGUUUGGAACUGAAGACAGAGUAUCUUGAAUUGUCUAUUUUAGUAAUUAAAGCAUUUUUAACAAUAUUCAA